GUUGAUGGUGAAUUAGAUACGGGUCAUGGAUGAUCCGAACCAUGAAUACAGUAAUUUAUACCAGCUUGCUUUCUUUUCUUGGGCAGGACGAAUUAUUCGUGAAAUCUACAACACUCAAUUCGGCGAGAACAUAAAUCUACAGAGACAAAUGGAUCCCAAAUUCACUGAGGUUUCACAACUAUUCGAGCGAUUCAAAGCACCUAUUCUCCGCAAAGAUUUUGAUACUUCUACCAAGUUUCUGUCUCAGCUCAAGUUGUGUACAGGCAUGGACAGGGAAAAUAAAAAACGAAAGGAGAUUGAAAAUGUAUUGGUUGUAGUUGAAGAUUUGGUCCGUCGGCAGCGCCAACAAUCUUUUCUUCUGCUCAGUUUGGCUGAGUAUUUUAGUCUGCGGAGGAGUAGUGAUGACGAAGAUGAUACAACCAUGGUUACUGACUUGUUGUGGAAGAUACCGGAGCAAAUUCGGCGUAUGGAUAGGCUAAUACGUUUAACUGACACGGACUGUGUGAACAAUCUCCGGAUGGACCGUAACUGCUUUGGACGGCUGUGUCUACUACUACGUGAGCGCAUGGGUUUGAAAGAUCGAAAAUUUAUAGCAUUGACAGGAUUCAAGAGUCUGCCUCCAUUGUUUGAAAAAACUCCAAAUGCUGUCCAUGAAAUGACACUCGCAAGGGACAUUUAUGAGCACGCAGUUGUCCUGAGCGUGAAGAUUGAGGAUCAGGAUGCUUUUGAGAGAGACUUUUGCCAACUAAAGCCUUAUUAUACUGAUACUGCUGUUCAUCUCCCACCUUCUCCUCAGGAGUAUCCAAUUCUAGGUCUCAACCUGCUAAGACUUCUUGUGCAAAACAGAAUAGCUGAAUUCCACACUGAGUUGGAAUUACUUUCUGCUAGUGCUUUGGAGAACCCUUGUUUCAAGCAUGCUGUCGAGCUGGAACAAUCCUUCAUGGAAGGAGCAUAUAACAGGGUGCUGACUGCUAGACAGACUGUACCUCAUGAAACAUAUGUCUAUUUCAUGGACUUACUUGCAAAGACAGUCAGAGAUGAGAUAGCUGGGUGCAUUGAGAAGGCAUAUGACUCUCUUUCCUUAAAUGAUGCACGUCAAAUGCUGCUGUAUUCGUCAGACAAGGAAGUAGUUGAAUAUGUCAAGGAGGAGCAUCCUGAGUGGGAGAUCAAGAACGGAUUUGUGUUUUUCCAAAGAGCUAAGGAAUCUGUACCUUGCAAGGAGAUUCCAUCGUUGCAGCUGAUCAACCAGACACUCAGUUAUGCGAGGGAGCUGGAGCGCAUUGUGUGAGGGGACUAUACGAGCAAAUGCCAGUCUUAUCCGUGCUUGCUUCAUUUAAAUUGUCCAUUUUGGUAGCAUCAUCAACCAUGCUCUCUAAAAUUUUUGAAAAAAAAAACUAUGGUUGGUGACCAACCUCUUGUAUGGAGGGAAUCCAUUUCCCCACUCCCUACACUUUGACUCUACCUUGUCUUCUAAGCUAAAUUUUCAGAAUCCAAACCAUGAUUUAUUUCCUUCUCGUUUUGUUUCAAUGGUACAAGCGAAUACUGCGUUGGUUAGCUAUGGAAUGUGUUUAAUUCAUGACCUUCGGGUUUUCUCACUCUUGUAUGCAGAUUUGGAACAUCUGUAUUUACAUUUCUUUGAAAAUUACUUAAGCUUUCACCA